AUGAUCGAUUUUGUUUGCAUCCCAUUGGUUUACACACAGGUUGUCACAUUGGCAGUAUAUAUUUAUUUCAUAGCCUCACUUGUUGGUCGUCAGUUUAUAAUCGAUAGUUCGCGAACAAAUUCACAAGAUCUCUAUUUUCCUUUCUUCAUGUUCCUAGAGUUCAUAGUGUAUAUGGGAUUGUUAAAGGUUGCCGAAACACUGGUUAAUCCUAUGGGGGAAAAUGACGAAGAUAUUGAUAUUAAUGAGGUGAUAGACUUUAAUUGGAAAACUGGAUGGUGUAUUGUUGAUGGAAUGAAAACAAGCGCUCCAGCUAUUGUACGAGAUUUCCACUGGCAACAAUCCGUCAUCGAAUUACCCCACACACAGGAAUCCAAACGACUAGCUUCUCGCCCAUUUAGAGGAUCGACAUAUAAUAUAAACUUUCCUUUCACUUCUGAUAUGAUCGGAUCUGCGUUAUCUUUAUCACUAAUUGGUCAUUCACAAGAUUUAACGACUGCCCGUCAUUUAACUCGAAAUAGUACCAUAAAUAUUCCUACUAGGUUGAUUCCAUCUGAGAGCGUUGCUCCAAGCGAAACUGAUAAUACGUCGAGAUUGAAUGUUUUGGAUGAUCAUACGGCUAUGGAUGCUGGGUUUUUAAGUGUUACUCCUAAUACUCCCGCAGUAAACCGUCUUCUUCAUGAACCAAUAGAGGAGGAAGAUGAAGAACGUGAAGAUGACGAUCAGUCUUAUAGCAGGUCAAAAACAACGAUGAUAAUAUAA